AUGGCUAUCGUUGCUGGGAUAGCUGCUCUGACUGUCUUCCCGUUACCGUUCGGCUUACUCGCUGUGGGACUACCCAAUGCCAUCUUGAUUUCAGCGUGCUUUAUCUACAUUUCGAGACCUCGAUGGAGAGCUGACCCCACCCUAUGGGAAGACGUCAAGCGACAGUUGUCGGUCUACAACUGCCUUGUAGCACUUACCUUCAUCUACCCGAUCUACAUUUUCGGAUUUGUCUCGCUUACUGGCGUUUACCAAGCGAUGUUCGUAAUGAUACUACCUAUUAUUCAAAUUGCAGCGAAGAAUUGGAUCAGUCGUCAACACACAGACAGCGAUCGCAAGCCCGAAAGCGUUGUUUUUAUUGUGGAGAUUUUUAACGCUCUUUACGUCACGAAUGCACUCAAUAACGCGUCGUCGUGGAAAACAACAGCAACGAUUAUAACCUUAGAUUUCUUGCAGAUUUGUGCAGGAUUUCGUGCACAUAGCAGCGCGAUUACUUGA